GGUUGCAAGGGGCUCCGUACACCCCAUUUUUCUUUUUUUUGUUCUCGACCAAUGACUCACGGAACCCCUCGCAGCUGGCCUUCACCAUAGCGACCAACCGAAGUUUCUCAAUAGCUCCGGCUGUAGUUGCGAUCCAAAAUUAGGGCAGCCCUCUAUAGAAUCGUCGUGGACACCUCUAAAGUAUAGUGGCGUUGAAAAGGUGAAAGGGAUCGCACCCGCGACGGACCUCGGAGCGUAAAGUCCGCCAGAGGGGUGGUAUCUUCCGUAGAAUCUUGCCUACCUGUCCUGCGUCUCCCUGCAACGAGAGAGGGAUUAGGGCUGCGUGGAGAGAUCUCUGAGGCGAAACGGAGGAAGGCACUGCCGUGCACAACCCACCCAAGAGGGUUUUCUGCCGUGCGCUGGAUGUGGCAAUAAAACAAACCUUCUUGACGGAGAGUAGCGCAGCGGAAACGUGUGCUGUUUCGUCCUGAUGGAUGAUGCGUGCCGUGUACUACACGAGCAGGAGCGGAGGUCUGCGUCUUGGUUAUUCUCCCGAACGGGUACGCAAGUAGCCCAUGGACGAUCGAAACAAGGCGGUCUUGGCCACCAUCGAAGACUCUAUCGAUGUUUUUUUCGCGAAGAGAGAGGGAGGUACGGAGGCGUGGAAGAAUGGCGUCUCUGCCCGAGAGGUUCAAGGUCUGGUUUCCUUGGGCGCCAGUAUUCCCGACCCCUUCGCCGGUUUCAAGCUGAAUCCCAUCCCGGAGGCAGAUUCGGGGUGUUUCAACCUGCCUGAGGACAUCGACAAGCUUGCCAGUCGCUGUUUGGAAGGGGCAGCGACAUCUGAUGGUGGGGGGGUGGGUGUUCCCGUCGUAAACGAGGGGAAAGGCGCGUGUUUCUGGAUCGCCCUUGCAUCUGGGGCGCUCAACACCCGUUGUUCCACCGGGGGUGCUGCGCUUGCUCUCCGGACCGGAGCCAUGCGUAUGGCACUGCUGAAGUGCGAAGAGUUCCUGAGCGCUGACGGGUACCUGGCCGAGUACCGUUCUGGUGACCUCUUCGACACCAAGGAACACGACAUGGUGAUGAAGCUUGCAGGUCGUGUGUGGCCGAUGAACAUGUCGGCGGACGUUGCCCGCCUGUACUAUCUCUGUGCUAUCCGGAGUAACUGCGGGCCUUUCAAGUAUAGUCAGCAGGCGGUCCUACCCUGGGCAGCGGAGGUGCUGGGCUUGAAAGUUCGAGUUUUUCACCCAGCCGCUUCAGUUUCUUUGGUGGGAGGGAAAUGGAACAAGAAGUAUUGGAUGCCGCUUUCCAGCCUGCGCUCAGGGCCCCAUGCGUUGGCCCAAAUGCCAGCCGUCCAUCUUUCCCACUCCCUUUCAAGGGAUGGCACCCCGUUCACCUCGAUACAAGGGUUGGGCCGGCUACUUGGUCGUGGAGACAGGAGGGAGUUCUCGCAUUUCGUUCUGCUCGUGAACACUAUUUCUGUCGGUGCCAUCGAGAAGGUGGAUGGAGAGGAGCGCGACCUGCGGGAGGAGCUAACCUCGCUGGAGGAGCAUGUUAACGUGGAGACACGGGACAAUGCACGGAGGGUUGGGGAGGCAAAAGCAGAGGAGGCACGAGCUGUGCCCCUCAGACAGGAGGAGACGGCAGCCGCAAAGAAGGGGAGAGACGGUUGGGGCGCGGACUCGGACGAGGGGCCGGAGGAGCGUGUUGCCAUGGAAACGAAGGCACGGCGGGCCGGGGAGGAAGCGGCCCAGAAAGCACGAGCUAUGGCCCUCAGACAAGAGGAGACGAAAGCCGCAAAGAAGGGUUUAGGCGUUGGGGGGGUGGAAUCGGACGAGGGGGGGAGGGGUGCAUCCGCCCGAGAAGCGAUGCCAGGGUGCUCCACGUGGACGCGACGAGGGCGAAAGCGGCGGCGGAGGAAAGUCUCGGGGCGCCGUAAGCAACGUGUAAGACGGAGGCAAUUGCAGCAUUGCGACGGACAGGGAAAACGGGGUUGGCGAAGGAGAACUGCAGGCGCUGCUUCACGCCUGCCAGGUCUCGCGAGGUACGCGUUCUGAACCCGGGGGGGACAGGCGGGGAGCCAAGAGAGUGGAGAUCAUUUCGGUGGACACGGACGUGUGGGUUGCGGCGCUUCUGCUAUAUGCCGUGCAUGAAUGGACAAGAAAUGUGCGCAUCGUCGUGAGGCAACAGCGGGGGUUCGGGCGUGCAGGUGAAUGUGUCACUCACAUUGAUACGCUGGACCUUUUCGAGGGCAUCGUGGGCCUGGACUGGCCCACCGGCUUCUCACCCAUGCAGCGUUGCUUGCCGGUGAUUGCCGCCUACACCCUGUGUGGAACAGACUUUUCGCCGACCCUGCACUCGUUGACUUCACAUUCGAUGUUCAACAGUUAUUUCCACACCUUGCAGAACCCCCAAGUGCACAACUUUGUCAAACCGCUCGGUAGCAACUCUUGGGAGGUGUUGUGGGAUAAGAGCGAGUGCAUCAAGUUUAUUGGUUUAGCGUAUUUCGUUAAAAAUAAACGGCUGUUCGACCCGCCGAUGCCGGGUCGGCAGGUGAAAGACCCAAAGCGGGAGGGGCAGCCUGAUGCGUUAGAGCCUUGGAUAGAGCACCUUGUUCGCUGGACCCACGUUGAGCAUUUUAAGAAGGCCCAGUGGCAGAAUCAAGCCCCGGAGUAUGAUGUGAUGGCCCUACACGUAGAUCGAAUGAUGUGGACAACGGAGUACUGGUUGUCGACGUCCAUGGAAGAGGAUCGCUAUCCUAUACAGGUUCCAGAUUGGAAUGGGAAGGGGUACAUCAAGGACGAGGGGGAUGGGAACGCUUUAAUGCACCUACGCUGUUCGCCGUGGGUCACUGUGAAACCGGGCCAGGGUAUUGCUGUGACGAAAUGCAGGUGUUCACCAGAAACACCCCCUGCCGGGUCUAAACGAUGCAAAUCGUGCGUGUGCACGACGGUGGGGUUAGGGCUUUGCUCACAAAUGUGUAACUGUUCCUUCGUGUGUGGGCUUCGACCAAAGACGGCAAGCGCGGGGGG